UUGGGACUGGGGGGGUGGGGGGACCCCGGGCGAGGUCGGGGAGCGCAUGCGCGGUGCGCGCUGAACGCACUGCGUCUCCGCCAGUCGCCGGCGCUGCGUUCGCGGGUCCCGACCGCGGCCCCGCUCCCUCCGCUCGGCCAUGGCGCCCCCGUCGCCGUGCAGUCCCCCGAGGCCGCUGCUGCUGCUGCUGCUGGGCGCGGCGCUGCUGGGCGCCCAGGCCCGCGCCGAGCCCGCCGGGAGCGCCGUCCCCGCGCAGAGCCGCCCGUGCGUGGACUGCCACGCGUUCGAGUUCAUGCAGCGCGCCCUGCAGGACCUGCGGAAGACGGCCUACAGCCUGGACGCGCGGACGGAGACCCUCCUGCUGCAGGCGGAGCGCCGGGCCCUGUGUGCCUGCUGGCCCGCGGGGCGCUAGGACCGCCAGCCUGCCCUCGUCAAUAAACACCCAGCCCAGC